ACAAAAUUUGAUAAGCGGUUCAGCAUCGUUUCGUGCGCGUUUUCAACUAAAUUCGAUUUUUUGCCAUCUAGUUUUAGUUGAAGUACAUUAAAGUUAGUUUAUUCUGAUAGUAAAACAGAUUAAGUAAUGUUCAAUCAAUAGUGCAUGUAAUUCAAGCCGCCGCAGUUCCAGAAUUCCCGACGUUCAUGUGAGCCGCAUCGAAACAGGCAAUCAAAACAAAACACCUGAAGCACCGCUUUUGGAAAGGAAUGUCCUACGACGAGAAUGGCUUACCAUUGGACGGACAAUAUUCACACUACCGCACUGACUCCGCGGGACUAUCAAGUGGAACUGCUUGCCUCGGCCAAGGAGCGUAAUUUAAUCCUUUGUCUGGCGCACAACUCGUCGAAAGAAUUCAUUGCCCUAAAGUUGAUUCACGAGUUGGGUUCUCAACUACGGAAGCCGGCUGGAAAGCGAAAGCGCACGAUUUACAUUUCGCAAAACGAUUCCGUGUUCAAUUUGAUACGAGACCUAACGGAUCUGAAGGUAAUCAACGUGAACGAUCUGGAAGAUGCGGACGAAGAUUACGAUUGGGAGCAAAUAGUGGACGAUUACCAAGUGAUUAUAACGGACGAAAGGAAAUGUCUGGAUGCCAUAAUCUGUGGCUAUUUGGAUCUGAACGAAGUAAAUCUGCUGGUGAUCGACGAUUGCCACAAAGUGUACGGCAAUGAAGAGAUAUCGAAGCUGUUUAACGACUAUUACAAUGUAUGCCGGGAGAAGCCCAAAAUAUUGGGACUGGCAGGCCCACUGCACAAUGCCGGAUGUAUACCGGGAAGGCUGAGCGCAGAACUGGAACAACUCGAAUAUUGUCUGCAGGCGAAGGCGGAAACGGCCAGCGAUAUCGUGACCGUAUUGAGAUACUGCACUAAGCCAAAGGAAAUUCUACUGCAAUGCGCUCCGCCUGCAAAUAGUAAUUUAGCUUCAUAUCUAAAAGAAAUAGUGUUAUCACAAAUCACAUUCCUCGAAGACCACCGGUACGAUCCGUCGGAAAUCUACGAAGAUGACGAAUUCCUCGAAGAGUUGAAAAACAUUCCAGAUCCUCGAGCGGAUCCACUUAAGUUCCUCCACGAGUUCCUGGCCGUGCUCGAAGAAAUGGGCCCCUGGUGCGCUGAUAGGGCAGCGUUAGCAAUGAUUGUGCAGAUCGAAAAACAAAAGAUUAAGACUCCUUACGAGAGACACUUUCUGCUGCUGUGUCUAGUUUCGACGGUAUUCGUACAGAUUCGAUCGCACUGUGAUCAAAUUUUCCAACAGUAUUCCAACGAAAAGGAAAAGAUUCAAGCACAUUCCACGCCCAAAGUGCUGCGAUUACUGGAGAUAUUUCGACUGUUUAGUCCAGAAGGAACGCGAAACAAAGAAAAAGCCAUAAGUGAAAUAUUUUCAGGAGAGCCACCUGAUACGUGCCAAUCAGAAUCUUGCCAAAAUCUACUGGAAGAGAUAAAGCUGAUAGACUUUAAAAAAUUGAUUGCGGAUGUGGAUGUAGUUACCAAAAGCAUCGAUAGCAUUACUGAAAGUAUAGCCAACCUUAAAACUUCUCUCAAACAGAUUUCAGAACCGAGCAUAGCAGAGGCAGAUGUUGCAACUCAGUCGAAAAAACUACGAUCUCCAACAAAAAAUGGCAUUCGACAAUUGAGACAACGUAGAAAACCUGGAAUGCCCAAUCGUCCCUAUAGAUCAAACUAUUACAACCAGAAUGAUCCAGAUGCUUUAUGUGCGUUAAUCUUUUGUAACUCAAAGUUCAUUGCCAAAAUUUUGUACAGCUUAUUCUACGAAAGCAUUCGUUCCGAUCCGCAACUAGCUUAUAUCAAUGUUCAAUACACGGUGGACAAAACGGCCGAUCCCAUCAAAGAUCCGAAAGAGGCCGAAAUUGAACACAGGAAACAGGAGGAAGUGCUCAAACGAUUCCGAAUGCACGAAUGCAAUCUGCUGAUAGGCACAUCGGUUCUGGAGGAAGGAAUCGACUUACCCAAGUGUAAUCUCGUGAUUCGUUGGAACGAACCGGUUAGCUAUCGAUCGUACGUGCAGUGCAAAGGCCGAGCCCGAGCUGCCACCGCAUAUCAUAUUCUCUUUGUAACUCCCAAAUCUGAUGCUCAAAAUUGUGCAAAUCUGUGUGAGGAUCUGAGCGAACGCAUGAAUCAUUAUAUUUGCGAAAAGAGUAUAGCGAAGCUAAAUACUGUUAAUGAAGAUUGUGAAAUAUUAGACGACAAAGUAGAAGAAACCAAUCCCAAUUCUAAGCAAACGUGUUGUGUUGAAAUGCAUUCAAAUAGUAAUGAAUUCGAAUCUUCGCAUAAGCUAAACAUGCUGGUCAUGGAAAAUUGUACCAACGAGAUGAUUGAAAAGAUCGCUAUCUAUAUGGAGAUCGAGAAGUUGCUGCUUAAAAAAUGUGAAAACAUGGAACCACCGGAAAGCAAUCAACAGUACGCGGAUUGCUUCAGCCACUAUCUGGAGCCCUAUCGACCUCUGCCGGAAACGGAUGAAAAUAGCAACAGUGUUGGACUGUCAAACGCCAUUCAAAUGGUCAACAAGUACUGCGCCAAGCUUCCGAGUGACACCUUCACCAAACUUACGCCGCUGUGGCGAGGUGCCAAAACGGUGCGAAAUGGACAAGAGCUGUAUCAGUGCACCAUACGGAUGCCGAUCAAUUCGCCCCUCAAGGAAGACAUUGUGGGCUUGCCCAUGCCUACGGAGAUCUUGGCGCGACGAAUGGCAGCUUAUACAGCGUGUCGUGUUCUGCAUAAGGCUGGAGAACUGGACGACUCGUUGCAGCCGAUCGGAAAGGAGUCGUUCCGGGCAUUCGAGGCCGAUUGGGAAGAUUUCGAGCUCGAGAGUAACGAUGCACAGAUUGUGAUCGAAAACUCGGAACCGCGACCGGGAACUACUAAAAGAAGACAGUACUACUAUAAACGGAUCGCAUCGGCUUUCUCUGAAUGUAGACCAACAAUUGGUUCCAAGGUAUAUCUAUAUCACAUAAAUAUGACACUGCAGUGUCCAAUACCAGAAGAGCAGAACACGCGUGGUCGCAAGAUAUAUCCCCCGGAAGAUUCUCCCCAAGGUUUCGGUAUUCUGACUACGAAACUGAUACCCAAAGUUAGCGCAUUCCCGAUUUUCACGCGUUCUGGCGAAGUGAAGGUAGCUUUGAAUCUGUGCGACGAGCGGCCUAUUCUAAACCAAGAACAACUAGAAAAGAUUCAUAUGUUCAUCAACUAUACGUUCACCAAGGUGCUGAGGCUCCAAAAGUAUCUCAUGUUAUACGACCCAGAUGCAAUGGAAAAUUGCUUCUUCAUCGUUCCAACCAUCACACGAGAAAGUGUUGUUACCGUUGAUUGGAAUUUCAUUGACACGAUAGCAAAGAACGUGGACAAGAUGCCCACUUUCAUACCGGAUGAAAAUCGUAAAAACUAUACCUUUGAUAGCAAUCAGUUCAAAGAUGCAGUGGUUAUGCCGUGGUAUCGAAACCAAGAUCAGCCUCAAUAUUUCUACGUAGCUGAAAUUUGUUAUCACUUGUCUCCGAAAAGUUCAUUCCCUGGUUUGAACUACAGCACGUUCGAAGAAUACUAUUACAAGAAGUACAGUAUUCAAAUACAAAAUUGCAAGCAACCUCUGCUGGAUGUGGAUCAUACCAGCGCUAGACUAAAUUUCCUCACGCCAAGGUAUGUGAAUCGGAAAGGGGUGGCUCUUCCUACAAGCUCUGAGGAAACCAAACGGGCCAAAAGGGAAAAUCUGGAGCAGAAGCAAAUCCUCAUACCUGAGCUGUGUACGAUUCAUCCGUUUCCAGCAUCGUUGUGGCGCGCCGCUGUCUGUUUGCCAUGUAUUCUCUACAGAAUCAAUGCCUUGCUGUUAGCCGAUGAGAUACGCAAAGAGGUGGCCCAUGAUCUCGGUUUGGGAACCACGGACAUAGCCGACGAAAGCUUCGAAUGGCCAAUUUUAAAUUUCGGGUGGAGUCUGGCCGAUGUAUUGAAAAAGUCCAGAGAGGCUAAGCUGAAUGCCCAAUCAGCAGUUGAAAUGCCACCCAGUGAGACCAAUAGAAUUGAAGUAUUGGAAGAAGAGAUCACUGAAAAAGAAAGUGACAAAUCUGCUGCGAUUGAGGAAGAUAAGAAAGAAAACGGCGAAAUCGAGAAAGAUGAAAAGACUGCCAAUGAUUUACUGGAAGAAGCGGACAAAAAACUUAAAGCCGAGGGUUUCCAAAUUGGAACGUGGUCCAACGAAAUGGCAGAAACUUUUGAGGAUGAAAUGAUGUUGGAUGGUGAUAAUUGGGGACUUCCGGCUAACGUGGAUCUGUGUUCCAGAAACAGAACUAACAUCCGUUAUGGAUCACCCACUUCCUGGGAUGUCGGAACCAAGGAGCAAUCUUCCGACCUUCGCUAUUAUACGGAUUCCGAUGGCUCGUACGUUUCGGACGAUGACUUCGAUAGCGGCAGUGGUGAUGGUGACUCCGAUAAAAACUAUGGGCUGAAAAUCGAGUUCAAAUCAGACAAUGUUGCGGAAGCGAUCGAAUCAGCGGAUGAUAUCCUCAAACGGCAAAAACAACGUGACAUUAUCAAUAGUACGAACAUUAACGAACAACUAUACCAAAACUCCAAGAACAUAAGCAGCGGAUUUGAUUGUACCAAAGGAAGUGAUCUGGAGCAAAAUUUAAAAUUGCAUGAAGAACAAUUUGAACGCUCUACAAAUGAAUUCAAGGAACGCAUUAGGAGUUGUGGGACGUUGGUGAAAUUCGAUGAGCCACUAACCUUAGAAAAUAGUUUACAAAAAUCAAAUGGUGCUAAAAAGGAAAGCAAUAAUCAACCGAAUAUUUACGAAUUAUUUCCAUUUGCUUCAAAGGAAACAAUAGAUCAGUACAUUAUAUCAAAUACCGAUGGAACUAAAUACGUGAAUCUCGAUGGGUUGUACGAAAUGAAUAAACCGUACUUUCCGGAAACAUAUACCGUACUAGGAACUGGUGAUAUAUUCGAUAGAUUUAAUGAUGAAAACCUGUUAACUAUAGACAAAAAUGGCCAAAAAACAAUUGUACUGAAUAUCAAAAACCCCUUCGCCGAAGGCGAAAGCUCUCCCACUCCUGUUAGUAACAGUGAAGAAAAAACAAUAGAUCUUACCGUAUCAACUGCAAAUCUCAACAAUCUGACCGACAACCCUGAUGAAUUUAGUUUCGACUAUCAGCCAAAUUUGAACAAUCAUCCCGGACCAAGUCCUAGUAUUAUCCUUCAAGCACUAACAAUGUCCAAUGCGAACGAUGGGAUCAAUUUGGAGCGACUGGAAACGAUUGGUGAUUCGUUCCUGAAAUACGCCAUAACCACCUACCUCUAUUGCACGUACGAGAACGUCCACGAGGGCAAACUUAGCCAUCUGCGAUCGAAACAGGUAUCUAACCUGAACCUCUACCGAUUGGGCCGGCGAAAAGUGCUGGGAGAAAGUAUGAUAGCCACAAAGUUCGAGCCCCACGACAAUUGGCUUCCACCGUGCUAUUACGUGCCGAAAGAGUUGGAACAGGCUCUCAUCGAUGCCAAGAUACCCGCUUGCCACUGGAAUUUGGCCGACCUGCCAGACAUCAAGCAGCUUUCCAGCGAAGAAAUUUGUAGGCUAGUUAAGGAGCGUGCUCUAGCUCUCGGACUGUUGGAUGAUUCUGACAAUGAAGAGGGCGAAACGAUGAAAGAAAUACAGCAAUUGGAAACGAGGAACGAUGAGUUUAUCAAGAAUGCCGAGUAUUUUGCCUGUUUUAUCCCGUACAACCUGGUGACUCAGCACAGCAUCCCGGACAAGUCGGUCGCUGACUGCGUUGAAGCGCUAAUAGGGGCCUACUUGAUUGAAUGCGGUCCUCGAGGGGCACUCCUACUUAUGGCAUGGUUAGGAAUCCGGGUUUUGCCAGUAUAUGAAGUUCCUUACGACGAAAACAAUCCAAAGGUACCAGGUAGCUCCCAACGUUACGAAAAAGAUGGCAUUGCUAUGCAAUCUGUGUACGGAUACUGGGUACCGCCGAAAUCUCCACUCUUGAUGUACGCCCCAAAUCCACAGCAAACUCUGGAACAUCUCUUGGAUGGUUACAGUGCCUUCGAAGACUCGUUAGGAUAUCAAUUCACAGAUCGCUCUUAUCUGCUCCAAGCCAUGACUCACGCAUCAUACUGCCCGAAUCGAUUAACAGAUUGUUAUCAACGUUUAGAGUUCCUCGGUGAUGCAGUCCUGGACUACCUCAUAACUAGGCAUCUCUACGAAGAUCCAAGACAGCAUUCUCCCGGCGCAUUGACGGAUUUGCGAUCAGCCCUAGUCAAUAACACGAUCUUUGCCUCGCUAGCAGUACGGCAUGAUUUCCACAAGUAUUUCAGGCACCUUUCGCCGGGUCUAAACGAUGUGAUAGACCGGUUUGUUCGGAUUCAACAGGACAAUGGACACAUCAUCAGCGAGGAAUACUAUCUAAUAUCCGAGGAUGAAUGCGAUGAGGCGGAAGAUGUCGAGGUGCCGAAGGCCUUAGGCGACGUUUUUGAAUCCGUAGCGGGAGCUAUCUUCUUAGAUUCAAAUAUGUCGUUGGACGCUGUGUGGAAGGUAUACCGAAGUAUGAUGGGACCUGAAAUCGAACAGUUCAGCAAUUCUGUACCAAAAUCACCAAUUCGAGAACUUCUUGAACUAGAACCGGAAACAGCUAAGUUUGGCAAACCGGAGAAGUUGGCCGAUGGACGACGCGUUCGAGUGACGGUUGAAGUAUUCGGAAAAGGAACAUUCCGUGGCAUUGGGCGCAAUUAUCGCAUUGCGAAAUGUACGGCGGCAAAAUGUGCCCUCCGGCAACUGAAGAAAAUGGGGCUAAUCAACAAACGUCGUUGAAAUAUCACCAACCAGGUAGGCAAAAUUAGAAAAUAGCAGUGCAGUGAAGCAAUCUUAUUUAGAACUCAAAGUUUACCAACAAAAAACAAUAGCAGCACGAUUUUUUUUCAUAUUUUGUGAAAACUAGUUCCUAACAUAAUGAUCUAAUUUUUGCUUCAAAUUGAAGCCGAUUUACUUCAUUAGCUCAAUAGUAUCUAGUCAAAGCUUCAAAAUUGCUUCACUAGUGAAAACGAAUAUUGCUUUCAUAAAGCUUUUGACACAAAAUCAUAACUUGUCGACAUAAGUUAUGGUAGAUAUCAUUCCUAAUAAGUAAAACUUGUACCCAAUAUUUUAUAUUGAACAAUCAAUCAGAAAUGGAGAGAAAGAUAUGAAGUUGCACGUUA